AUGAACGUCGUGGAGAGUCCACAAGCGUGUGGAUGUACUGCGAGUGAGUGCGAUGGCCUCACUUGUGGUACAGUCGUUAGUACGAUUGCACAAGAUCACAGUGUAGAAGGCCACUGCACUGUGGAACCAGCUUCCGGAACCUGUGUAGAGACACAGGCUGCGCCGAGGGUUCACCACUCGAAGAUAUCGAGUGGACUGGAACACGGAUGCACACCAAGAAGGGUGCAUCCGAGAAGAGAGAGUAGUGUUGUUCAGGAUGGACAACACGUUGAAGCGAGAUCGACUAUCAGAGAGUCGAUCGUAGAGCAAGCCCGCUCGACUGAAAGAGAGUCGAUCGAAGAGGACGCGACCGUGAUAGUCCACGUAACGGAAGAAAAUUCCGGCGUUCCUGAGAUCAAUAACUCCCGAGAGAGUUAUAUUGAGGGUGUGGAUCCCCAACCACCUGCGGAUGUGUUUACCCAGGCAAUCACCGAGUCAAUUAAUGUCUUGGUGAAUGACGGGUCAAGUGUAGGCGCUUAUACACUUGAUCUGGUGACGCCCCCGAAGUCAGCUUCGGAGGUGGUCAAGCUGCCAACGAUAGAAUCUAAAAGAUUCUUGCGAGAUCUGCGUAGUGACAAGAUCAAGCAGAUCUGCGUACUCGUCACAGAGGACGAGUACAUCGCCGAUAUUCGGUCGGCACAAGUGUUUGCUGAGAACGAACGGGUUCUCAGUAGCUCAUCUAUGGACGAGAGUGUCCUCGAUGAGAAGACCCGAAUUGAUCGAUACACGUCUCAAUCUUGGGAGUCUUUAAAGACAAAUCCUUUGUAUAAGGAUUUGGUGGAAUUCAGGGAUGUUUCCCGGAAUCCGUGCCAUGCGAGCUGCCCAAGGACAAAGGCAAUCGGCAUGAAAUCGAACUGA